GGAGCUGCCCGGGACGCUCCCGGCGGCACAGCGCGUCCUGGGCUACUGCCCGGGAGAGACGAGGAGGCUGCAGCAGCAGUGGCGCCCACAGGCCGAGCUGUCGGCGCUCUUGGGGGUCUGCCGGUGAUUGAUCCAGAGAGGAGGGGGUGGCGGUAGCCAGAGCCCGCCGCUCUAGCGGCGGCGUCAGGUGAGAGCGCUAGCCGCAGAGACUCGGGCGUGGCGGCUGCCGCACAGGGAGUCGGAGCCAAACUCGCGGCGCGGCCUUGCACGUCCUGGGAGGAAGGGACGCGGAGACACUUGCAGACGACUCGAAGCAGAAGUUGCCCGUGUCCAGUCGCACGGAGCCUGUCAUGCAAGAGACGCCCCCCUGGGUCAGGUCGCCCCUCAGGUGCCCGCCGAGCGCGCGCUCGCGGCUGGAUGAGGGCGGGAGCGGGCGCCGAGCCGCAAAUGAAAGCGGCCAGAUGAGCGGCGAGGGCGCCUACAACUUCAGGCGGGUGGCGAUUCGGCGGAAGUCCAACCCCUCCUACCUGCCGCUCGGGACCCCGCGGCCCUGGAGUCGGCCGUCGUCGCACCUGGCUUGGGCCGAGUCGGCCACGUCCAGGGGCCAGGCCUCGGCAGACGCCCCAGGCAGCAGUAUCUGUCCAAAGAUCACUAUAGUUCCACCUUGCUUGAAAAGCAGCACAACCACACUGAUUGAUCAGAAUGCAUCUGAUGAAGAGGCUCAGGGAAUAAAUGGGAAGACGCCAGCAAAACACUUAGCUGCAAGUCCAAAGCCACAAGUGCCUCCAAAGCCACUACACCUGCAGAAUUUACCUUCGACCAGUAUACACCAAACUCCUAGGCAUAAAGCUUUAUCUAGUGCAAAACCAAGGAUGGAGGAAGUUAAACCUGCCUCUGCUUGUGUCUCAAAGGAAAAACCCAGUAAGAUAUCAGAUCUCAUCAGUCGCUUUGAAGGAGGCAGCACUUUAUCAAAUUACAGUGAUUUGAAAAAAGAUCCUGCUGUGAACCUAAAUGCUCCUAGAACCCCAGGAAGACAUGGAUUGACAGACACACCUCAGCAGAAACUCCUCUCCCAGCACUCACCACAGAAGCAGGAAAAUGGUACAGAUCAAUCUCAGGGUGAACAGACUUGUGUGGCUAAUGGUAUGGUAGCAGCACAAAACCAGGCGGAAUGUGAGGAGGACAAAGCGGCCACUCUUAGCCCAGAUACUUCUAUUCAAACUUCUGAACCCUUGCCCGAUACAAACUUAGUAAAUGGAGAAAAACAAGAAACAACCAUAGGUCCGGCAUCACCCACAACAAAUAACUGUCAUGAAGAUGCUUCUGACAGUAGCUGCAGGACUUUACGUGCCAGCCCUGUGCUCCCCCUGGAAGAGGAAAGGACAGACACAGAAGCCAAGGUACAAGAGAUGGAAGGUGAAGAAAGCCCCCUAGAACUGGAACAGCUGGACCAGCACCAUGAGAUGAAGGAGACUGAUGAAGAAAAACUUCACAAAAUAGCCAAUGAACUUUUGCUUACAGAAAGAGCUUAUGUCAGCCGACUUGAACUCUUAGAUCAGGUAUUUUAUUUCAAACUAUUGGAAGAAGCAAAUCGAGGUUCAUUUUCAGCAGAGCUGGUGAAUAAAAUCUUUUCUAAUAUUUCAUCAAUAAAUGCCUUCCAUAGUAAAUUCCUAUUGCCAGAGCUGGAGAAAAGAAUGCAAGAAUGGGAAACUACCCCUAGAAUUGGUGACAUCCUUCAGAAAUUGGCACCAUUCCUUAAGAUGUAUGGAGAAUAUGUGAAGGGAUUCGAUAACGCAAUGGAAUUGGUUAAAAACAUGACGGAGCGUAUCCCCCAGUUCAAAUCAGUAGUUGAAGAAAUUCAGAAACAGAAGGUCUGUGGGAGCUUGACUUUGCAGCAUCACAUGCUAGAACCUGUUCAGCGCAUUCCCCGGUAUGAGAUGCUCCUUAAGGACUACCUAAGGAAAUUGCCCCCGGAUUCUCUGGACUGGAAUGAUGCUAAAAAAUCACUUGAAAUUAUAUCUACAGCAGCAAGCCAUUCUAAUAGUGCAAUAAGAAAAAUGGAAAACCUAAAGAAACUCUUAGAGAUUUAUGAAAUGUUGGGAGAAGAAGAAGACAUUGUAAAUCCUUCAAAUGAAUUAAUAAAAGAUGGACAGAUCCUCAAACUAGCUGCUCGGAACACAUCAGCACAGGAACGCUACCUUUUCUUAUUCAACAACAUGUUGUUAUACUGUGUGCCAAAAUUCAGCUUGGUGGGCUCUAAGUUCACUGUUCGAACCAGGGUAGGCAUCGAUGGAAUGAAAAUUAUAGAGACUCACAAUGAGGAAUAUCCACACACUUUCCAGAUAUCUGGGAAAGAAAGAACACUGGAACUGCAAGCCAGUUCUGAACAAGACAAAGAAGAAUGGAUCAAGGCACUUCAAGAGACUAUUGAUGCUUUCCAUCAGAGGCAUGAAACUUUCAGAAAUGCAAUUGCUAAGGAUAAUGAGAUUCACUCAGAGGUUUCUACUGCUGAGCUAGGGAAAAGAGCUCCAAAAUGGAUCCGAGAUAAUGAAGUUACAAUGUGUAUGAAAUGCAAGGAGUCUUUUAAUGCCCUGACAAGAAGGCGGCAUCAUUGUCGAGCAUGUGGACAUGUGGUUUGUUGGAAGUGUUCUGAUUAUAAAGCUCAACUUGAGUAUGAUGGUGGUAAAUUAAGCAAAGUCUGUAAAGACUGUUAUCAAAUAAUAAGUGGAUUCACAGACAGUGAAGAAAAGAAAAGGAAAGGAAUUUUAGAGAUUGAAUCAGCAGAAGUAUCUGGAAACAGUGUGGUAUGCAGCUUUCUUCAGUAUACCGAAAAGUCAAAACCUUGGCAGAAAGCUUGGUGUGUGAUCCCCAAACAAGACCCUCUCGUGCUGUACAUGUAUGGUGCCCCCCAGGAUGUCAGAGCCCAGGCCACCAUUCCACUCCUGGGCUAUGUUGUGGACGACAUGCCGAGGAGUGCAGACCUGCCACACAGUUUCAAACUGACCCAGUCUAAGUCUGUGCACAGCUUUGCUGCAGACAGUGAGGAACUGAAACAGAAGUGGCUGAAAAUCAUCCUUUUAGCUGUCACAGGUGAGACGCCAGAAUGUCCUAGCCAGCAUCCAGACACUUUGGACGAUCAUCUUGAACCUAAGAGAAAAUCAGAAUGCCAAGUUCCAAGACCUACCACAGUGUAGGGUGUGUCUCAAGAUUUAUAGCUCACGAUAUUCUCAGCUCUCCUUAUUCAUCUCUUAGCACUUUAUGUUGAAAAAUUUUACAGGCUCAUAAAUGCAUCUUUUUGGGGACUGUUUUUAUGUACUCUUAGUGAAAUUAAUGUGCACAGCCAUUCUACCCAUAAAGUUUGAAAUAAUGUGAAAAGUGGAACAUUUUUCUAAUGAGCUAUUCCUUGAAUAUGUACUUUUGUCUUGGAAAAAAGUGGUAUAAAUUAAUUCUAUCACUUUAGGCUAGAGAAGUCUUCUUUCAUUUAAGAAAUCCUUUAAUGUCUUCACUUACACAUACAGGCUUUAUAACAGUUUGAAAGAUAUACCUCCAUGUUGCCAAAAUAGAUCCACAGUAAAAAUAAAAAAAGAAAAACAACAAUACAGGGACAAUUUAGGCUAUUGUAUUAACUUAUUUAAGUUAGUUUAUUAAACAAGCUGCAUAAAUGAUGUACAUUCUUUUAAAGCAAAAGAAAAAAGACACAUUGUUGGUACUCAAGAUAAUACUUGUGUUUGUAGAAAUACUUCUAAGAAUAAAAUGUCUUAAGUAUAUAGCAAUUAUGUACAUAUAGUAUUAAAUACAAAUAUAUAUAUACACACUAUCCACACUUUUCAGGUUAGGUUCAUAUUUGUCUCUAAUUUAUUUUUAAAUAUACAGCAUGUUUUAUCUUGGAACUGAGCAGUGUUCUAAACUUAUGAGAUGUUUUUGCUGAUUUACAUUUAACUGAUUAACAUCUAAGGGUAUUGAUAUUUUUAUAAUAAAAAGCUGUAAUUUAUGUGGCAUGGGAUAUAUUAGUGAGUUCCAACAGUAUUUUUAAAGUACUAUUUUUCUUUGUUCUGUGCCUAUUUAAAACAGUGCCUCUCUUUGAAGGUGCUAAUAAUACCUAGUUAAAUAUAAGAUGAGGGUUUGAUUAAUGCUUCAGUCUUGAUUACUCUGAGAUAAAGUGCAUUUUGGUCACUGGGAUGAUCAAGUCAUACAGAUUAUUUUACCUUUUACCAUCCUCUAAUUGUUGUGGCAGUUAACAUCAGCAUGUAUAAGAUUCCUGACCUUACAUAGAACUGGGACAUACGGCAACUACACUUAUUGUUAUGUUUUCCUUUCCCUUAAGACUGUUAGUUUUGGUUAAAUGAGGACUAUAUAUAGUUAACACUUAAGAUAACUGUGUGGGCUUAUUCCUUUGUCAGAUAUGAAAAAAAAAUUCACAUGUGAUAAUCUAUGAUUAAGGGUAAAGGAUAGGUAAUUAAGACAGUUUAUGCUUAACUUUUUAAACCACCUCACUAAAGAACAGUGGGGGAAAAUACAAUAUAGAAAAAAUAGUAUUUUAAUGGCAGGUUUUGGGGGGUACAAUAUGAUUGAUGAAAAUUUGAGCAUUUUCACCCCCUUUUAUCCUCUGGGGAAUUUUAAUAAACAAUUUUAAUAUUAAUAGAUUCCUUGUCACAAAGGCCGUUCUUUAUUACAUUGUAGUUGUGAUUAAAAUCUCACAUUGUUGGAUAUUUAAGUUAAUCCUUUUCUUAAACUUAGAUCUCUCUCUUGUUUUACACUUACUCUAUCAUGUUCCAAACAUUGUCAUUUUUUAAAUUCAUCUGUCUGCUAGAAAUCCACAAGAGUGAUCCUACUAGCCUUUGGGGAUUACACCUUAAAGGUAGAUCAGAUUCACUCAGAAUUGGAGAUUGCCACACAUUUUAUUCAGGCCCUGUUUUUUAAAGAAAUAUUGAAGUAUCAGUAUCUCUUUUUUUCCCCCACAUCCCUAAGGAGAAGCUAAAUUAUAGUGGGCAUGAUUAGAUUGCCAUCUUCUGAAAAAGGAGUACCAGCCAUUACCAUCAACAUUAAGCCAAAUACUUGGAGCCCAAAAAGUAUAAGGGUAGCUUCUUAGGCCCUAUUAAAUUAAGGACAAAUUUAAAAUAUUUACGUUGUUUCUCUUUUCUAGUUGCCAGGCAUGGGUGUAUUUGUGUAUGUGGUGUUUAGGGGUGAUUAUUGAGAAGGUUAUAAUAUGGCUGUAGGUGAUGCUUUCUUUGAUUUUCUUAAUCUCAAGAAAAGAGAAGCAGUAAAAAUGUAGAAUGAUUAUCAGGAGAAGGUGACUUUUGUAAUGAGGAUAGAAAAAUGGAAAUGUAAGGGCCAGUUAGAAGAUUUACAAGUCAAAUUAUUUUUAAAAACUAUUUUGAAGAACAAGAUUACAUUUUUCCUACAAAUAAGUCCUCCUGGAAUGGAAGUAACAUGAACACAUUCAAAUUUUGGCUCAGUAAUAAUCAGAUGUUAUUUAAUGUAGAUUAUUGAAAGAAGACUCAUGUAAAGAGAAUAUUUAUUAUCAUACUCUUAACAUUAUCUUUAAUUUUUUUUCCAAAAAAAUAGAAAUGUUAGUAUCAGAAGAGAAUUUCUGCUUAUCCAAUCACCGUCUUCACAUUCCACAUGUUCUUUUGUCAGGCACAAAGAGAAGCAAUGAAGCAGCUUUGUUUUCACUGAUGCUUUUACUUGGAGAAAGGCAAAGGAAUACUUUUAGCCAUUUAGAAACAGUCAACCAAAAGACCUCAAAAUGCACCUAAUUGAUUAUAAGAGUAAUGUCUUCUGCUUUCUGAAGACACCUGAGCUGUCAUAAUAAAUUGAGCCUAGAAACGCAAUUGAUUGUUUUACUAUUAAAACAACAUUCCAUAAGGGCCUUAUUCUUUAUUUUCCUCUAAGUCAUCUUUUCUUUAACAUGCCUUUCCUUCAGUCUUAAAAAAAAUACUUCUUUGAUAAAAACUACUAUUUAUUAUAAAACAUUCCAGUUUUUUAAAUAUAAGUUUUGCUUUAUUGAAAGUCUACCAUUUGGUAUAUUGAAUAUGAAAUGUAGUGCAGACUUAUCUUCAGGUUUUAAGUGGGACCCAAAAAUGAAAAAUGCCACCACCCACUUUUGUGACAGUGGCAUCUAUAAUGCCAUCAUGUAUGCAAGCAAUAAAAUUUUACAGGGUAGGAUUUUAUACUGAAACUUUAAUGUGAACAUUCCUAGCCACAGUGAUAUAGAGAAUUAACUUCUAGGAGUGGUACUGUAAUUCGAAUUGCUCAUUUUAAGGAAAAGAAAGUAUAUGUGGCAGGGUUUGGAGAAGGGAUAACAUUAUUCUUGAGAUUCAAGUAACCAUCAAAAGCCUUUUUAUUUUUGCAAAGGGUCUGGAUGGUUAAAAAAAAAAAAUCAGUUAAAGCACAUCUGCACAACUUCAUCAGGUUACAUUUCAUUUUCCAUGAAGCUUAAUGUAGAUUGGUAUAUUUACUGGCCAAUGUACGCAAAUUAAAAAGAAAAAAAAAAUCCCAAUUUUUAAAACUUACCAAAACUUUUAUUGUCUUCUUUGUGGAAACAGGAUUUGUCCCCCUCUAAAUUCUCAUUUUUGGUUAUACCCAAAGCCUUAAGUUCUUAUUCUGAACUCAUUGUCUGUGAUAACUGUGAUAAUGAUCUUUCUGAGCUGAGUAUAUCCUGAGGAAAAGGUAACAAUGGGAACAAA